GUUAUGGUCCUGUCAGAGCGCCGGCGUCGUGGUGGUUGGGCGGUCGCCACCGAAGAGACUUUGGUGGGCAGCCCUGCCGCCCGCAGCGCUGGUCGCGGGCCUCACUUCCAACCUGCAACGCGCGGCUCGCGGGCCAAACCGUAGGGCGCGCGUGCGAGUCGGCGCCGCAGCUGCCUUGGGGCCUGGGCCCAGCCACAGCCUCCUCCACUGCCGCCGGCUCCGAGCGGCCGCGAGAUGCAGCCGCCGGGCCCGCCCCCGGCGUAUUCCCCCACGAACGGGGACUUCACCUUUGUCUCCUCAGCAGACGCGGAAGAGCUCAGUGGUUCAAUAUCAGCCCCAGAUGUCAAAUUGAACCUUGGUGGAGAUUUUAUCAAAGAAUCUACAGCUACUACAUUUCUGAGACAAAGAGGAUAUGGCUGGCUUUUGGAAGUUGAAGAUGAUGAUCCUGAAGAUAACAAGCCACUCUUGGAAGAAUUGGAUAUCGAUCUAAAGGAUAUUUACUACAAAAUCCGAUGUGUUUUGAUGCCAAUGCCAUCACUUGGUUUUAAUAGACAAGUGGUGAGAGACAAUCCUGACUUUUGGGGUCCUCUUGCUGUUGUUCUUUUCUUUUCCAUGAUAUCAUUAUAUGGACAGUUUAGGGUGGUAUCAUGGAUUAUAACUAUUUGGAUAUUUGGUUCACUAACAAUUUUCUUACUGGCCAGAGUUCUUGGUGGAGAAGUUGCAUAUGGCCAAGUUCUUGGAGUUAUAGGAUAUUCAUUACUUCCUCUCAUUGUAAUAGCCCCUCUACUUUUGGUGGUUGGAUCAUUUGAAGUGGUGUCUACACUUAUAAAACUGUUUGGUGUGUUUUGGGCUGCCUACAGUGCUGCUUCAUUAUUAGUGGGUGAAGAAUUCAAGACCAAAAAGCCUCUCCUGAUUUAUCCAAUCUUUUUAUUAUACAUUUAUUUUUUGUCUUUAUAUACUGGAGUGUGAUCUAAAUCAUAUAUGAGUAGAAAAAGACAAUGUUACAUUUGUGUGAAGGCUGGGAACUCUUGCCGAAGGGAUUGAAGAAUACCUGUUGCUGAUAAAAUUUUACAUGUUCCAGAUGGAAAGACAGGUUUAAGGUGUUUGUUUUUUUAAACCGUUAUCUUUUUGUAUUUAAUUAAGCAAUUAUAGUUCUCUGGAUUUUUUUUUUUUUUUUUUUUGGUCAGAAUUCUAAAUUCUGUUUUAUUCUUCAUAUUCCAGUAAAUAAAAUAUGAAAGCAUUGUGGUUUUAAGAUUGUGUUGACAUUCUCCUAAAAAUCUGUGCCAAAAGCACCUGGAAUGGUAAUUAUACUUCACUUAAAGGGUAAAUAUGACAAUAUCCUGAUAAUCUAAAAGUGCAAUUUUUUUCCUUAAAGGGUUUCUCCUGCAUUGCAGAUCAUGUAGAUAUAUAUUUAUAUUUAUACAUAUAUAUUUAUGAAGUAAUUCUUAUUCACAAAAUAUAUUUCUGAGUAGCUGAAAAAUUAAGAUAUUUUAAACCUAAGGCUUAAACUUUCUUUAAUUUGACCAUUAAUCUUUUUAUUUAUAAAUUUUAAUUUGUUUUUUAAAAUUUAUAUAAUUUAAAAAUUCUCAAACAUGCUUCAGUAUGUUCUUGUUAAGAAUUCUUAACAAGAACAACUAAAACUAAUUUUAACAUUUGUUGAUGUAGAUUUGAUUUGUUUGGGUGCUUUUACAAACCAUUUUUAAAUAUCUAAAUAUUAAAAGUUUCUGUUUAUCUUUCUGACCAAAGGAGCAAAACAUAUAAGGGAUAUGACAUCCAAUAAAAUUGUCAAUAUGUAGAAAAGCAGUAAUAUUUAUAGCAUCAGCAAAUAUUUUUAAGUGGUAUUUCUAAGUCAUAAAAGUUGCUCAGAAGACACCUUUAGAAUCUUGUGGUCCUGAACAAUGUUACAUGAAGUAGAAAAAAAUAAAAUGCUUCCCAGCUGUG